AUGAACGCCUACUUCAAUUCGUCGGUGAGCCAGGUUUUAACUGGCAUUAAACGAGCUGUCAGCGAUUUUAUUGAAGAGCAUGAAAAGACGCCAAAAAGGACAGACGCCGAGAGUACAGCUCAGAGCCUAACUUCGCCAAAAAGCCCAUCGAUAGAAAUGUCCUCCAAAGAAGACUCUUCGGUUACGGAAGAAGAAGGAGAAAAAAAUUCACAGAAAGCACACACUAACAGGCGUGCUGAACGAGGCAAGCGACUUUCCAUGGAUGAAAUCUUUAGCAGUAUCCCUGAGGAACAGCCAAGUCCAUUAAAUGUCUCAACGCCAACGGAUACCGGAGGUUCACUAAACCAGGAAUUGGGAGUCCUGGAGUCCUCCAAAGUGUCGAAAAAUAAAGACGAGGAUUCUAGCAGUAAUUAUGCACAAAAAGCAGGCGAAAGUGAUGUUGCCUCCGCAACAGCGUCCGCAGACAUUUCGGAGGCCUCCACCAAAGGCCUGCACUCCGCCUCUGAAAGUGGUUUCUCAACUGAUUCUACAACAGUUAUAACAGUUAUAAAUCAACCCAGCAGGCAGGUGGAUGCUUGUAAUGAGAGACCGUUUUUCCCUUUCGAAACGGAGCCAGCGGCGGAUGAUACAGGUUACUUUUGCCUCUAA